CGCUGCUCGGCGCGUCGCUGCGGUCCCCCCCGCCGCCUCAGGGAGCCGCGGGCUCCUCUCCCGCCUGCUGCCGCCUUCCUGCGUGUUGAAAAAUCUUGUCCUGUCUACACUAGCAGCUAACUGAUCUGCACCCAUUGUUGACAGCCACCAUCAUCAACAGGUCAUUUUCCCUCUGCGAGCCUGGCUUUUGGUUAUGUAUCGUAAAUCCAAGUGGAAGUGCGGUUACGAUCUUGCGGUUCUUGGACACGGAAAUAAUGAAAAAAGUGUGCCACAACUCUUGAUCAGUGACCUGAAGUUUGAGAAGAAGUCACUAGCUAAGCUCAUGUUUUCUCCUGAUCAAGAAAAUCAUCCAUCAAAAGCACCGGUGAAGUAUGGUGAAUUGAUCGUUUUGGGGUACAAUGGGUCACUCCCAAAUGGAGAUAGAGGAAGAAGAAAAAGUAGAUUUGCUUUAUUUAAAAGGCCCAAAGCAAACGGGGUGAAACCUAGCACUGUGCAUAUUGCCUGUACCCCUCAAGCAGCAAAGGCAAUAAGCAAUAAGGACCAACACAGCAUAUCUUACACUUUGUCUCGGGCCCAGACAGUAGUAGUUGAAUAUACCCAUGACAGCAACACAGAUAUGUUCCAGAUUGGUAGAUCAACAGAGAGCCCUAUAGACUUUGUUGUGACAGAUACGGUUCCUGGAAGUCAGAGUAAUUCAGAUACGCAGUCUGUGCAAAGCACUAUAUCAAGAUUUGCCUGCAGAAUCAUAUGUGAACGUAACCCUCCUUUUACAGCAAGAAUAUAUGCUGCAGGAUUUGACUCCUCGAAGAACAUCUUUCUUGGGGAGAAGGCUGCGAAGUGGAAGACUUCAGAUGGGCAAAUGGAUGGACUAACCACAAAUGGAGUUCUUGUUAUGCAUCCACGUAAUGGAUUUACAGAAGACUCCAAGCCAGGAGUAUGGAGAGAGAUAUCUGUGUGUGGGAAUGUGUUCAGCCUCCGUGAAACCAGAUCAGCUCAGCAGAGGGGGAAAAUGGUUGAAAAUGAGACAAACCAGCUGCAGGAUGGCUCUCUGAUCGACCUGUGUGGAGCAACGUUGCUGUGGCGCACUGCAGAAGGGCUUUCGCGCACUCCCACCGUCAAGCACCUGGAGGCGCUGAGGCAGGAGAUCAAUGCGGCGAGGCCCCAGUGUCCGGUGGGCUUUAACACCUUGGCAUUUCCCAGCAUGAAGAGAAAAGAUGUUGUAGAUGAGAAGCAGCCGUGGGUGUACCUGAACUGCGGCCACGUGCACGGCUAUCACAACUGGGGAAACAAGGAGGAGAGAGACGGCAAGGAUCGGGAGUGUCCCAUGUGCCGCUCUGUGGGCCCUUACGUGCCUCUGUGGCUCGGAUGUGAAGCGGGAUUUUAUGUGGAUGCGGGACCUCCAACUCACGCGUUCAGCCCGUGCGGCCACGUGUGCUCAGAAAAGACAACUGCUUAUUGGUCCCAAAUCCCUCUUCCUCAUGGUACUCACACUUUUCAUGCAGCCUGUCCCUUCUGUGCGCAUCAGCUGGCUGGUGAGCAAGGUUACAUCAGACUCAUUUUCCAAGGACCUCUUGACUAACACACGUAUAUCCGAGGACUGCAGUAAACUGAUAAGCUAAGCGAUUCUGAUUUUUAAAUCAACCGUUUUUCGUAUUCUCUGGGCUUUGCUGGUUUGCAUUAAGAUGAAGAAUUUUGGUUUUUUUUUCUGUUAUGACAGCUAAAUCCCUCUCUAUUGAGAAAGGUCUGCAAAUGGAAGAAACAGGGGUAAGAGAGAAGUCCUGCUUGUUUAGUUAACUGCUUCCUGAGGAGGUGAAGGAAGUAUUGCGGAGUGAAUUGAAAUGCCUUUCGUUUAAUGGUUUUGAAUCAAAUGCCCCCACAGUAUUUGAAAUUUGUUUCCAUUCUUUUUGUAUAUGGAGGGUAAAUAGUUCAAAGAGCAGUAGUUUACAGCUUGGAUGCAAACAUUGUAAAAUAUAACGUGUAUAUUAACUCUUUUCUAUUUAUCUUUAUUAUUGAAAAUGCAUAGAAUGUGUAGAGUAGCGUGGUCAUAGUGAGUUACAUCCAGCAAUUGGAUGUGUAGAAUAGUUCUGGAUGGAGAAGGAGGUGAGAUGGAAAUGGUAGAAAAAUCUUUUUUAAUCUGCAGUACUGAGUUCUUAGAAUAGUUAAAAUACUUUUCGAACAAAGCUAAUGCAAUUUAUGAUGGCGUCAAGAUGUGCUUUAACCACGUGAAAGGUAGCUAAGAAGGACUUCUUAAAGCGUCUUUUUGGUAGGACUGUACUUAAGAUCUGGUUAUGAGAAAGAUAUUUACCAGACUCUUUGAAUAUGCAACUUAGUCUAGAUUAAGGAUUUUUCCUCCCUUCAUGCUAACAUGUCUUUAUUUAGCAUUAGUGACAUUUCUGAGGGGUUUUUCCAAUGUUGAACUUUAACAAACCUGAAAGAUCAGGCUCAUUUUGUUUCUUGCUGUUUGGGGAGGUGAAAAGUGCAUGUGCCCAUGCCACGUGUGAUGUGGGGAGCAGUUUGUGAGUGGGCCACAGUCUUUGCUCGAGAAAGGGUCUGUCAGUCACACAUUCUGCCUUUUGUCUGGCUCCUUGCAGCUGUGCAUGUGGGAGCCACCGGUAUCGUGUGCUUGCCUAUAUGCUGCUCUGAGGAGCUGGGUGCAGGUACUCAUCUAGGCCACACGUGGAACAAAAGAGAAGCCUGGUACCUGCUGGAUGUGUGCUGCAUCCUGGCGUCUUCGUGCAUUUGACCCAGUUGGCAAUCUGUUAGGGAAGAGCUUGCACUGGGACUGGCCUCAUAGGCUUUGCUGUGGAUCUGCAUAAGAUCUGUUCACACUGUGGUGGGCUCUAGGUCGUGGUCUCUGUGCUCUCCUUACCCUAACCCUCAUUUCCAUUCUGUAUUCGCCAGGAAAGGCCAGUGCACUACAUCCAGCUUUGCUGCUAACCCACCAUGUUUAAUGGCAAAUACACAAACUGACUUUUUUUUUUAGGCCAACCUUUUGUUGUUUUUUUUCAUAUGUACUGUAUAAUUGACGGUAGCAAAUCUCCAUACUUUAUACCUUGCUUUAAUUUUCCCUUUCAAAGCUGUUCUAAACUUUUUGGUUUAAAAAGAGGUGUAUGUUGCUUAGAUGUCAUGAAAUAUUUGCUUUCGACUGUCAAUUGUUUCUUCAUUUUUUAAAAAAAGAAAUUAUAUAUAUUGUUUGGUUCACUCAGGAAAUGCAUGUGUCAGGAAACUUGUAUUAUAAGUUCAGUUAGUUGUCAUGUACAUGUAACUGCUGUUACUCCCUUUUCAUAGAAAUAUAACUGAUUUUGACAUUCUCCAGAUUAUAUGCAUUAAGUAAUGAAACUUAUGCAGCAAGAAACCCCCUGUAUUGUAGUUGUUCUAAUCAUCUUAUUCAAACUAUGUUAUACUGUAGUUUAAUUUUUAUUUGCAAAUUAAUUUAUUCAAACUAUGUGAGUAAACUCUUUUCAAAAAUAGA